GAGCGGCGGCUCGGCCAUAUUGGAUGGUUUUGUUGCGGCCGGGGCUCCGGGGCUCCCGGCGUGCGCGGCCGCCGCGGCCGCUCGGGGGGAGAUAACGGAGUACGUCACUAACAUGGCGCCACCGCACCGGGCGCCGGCGGCGUAGCGCGGGCGGGCGGGCGCCGCGCCGGGCAGCGCCGAGCCCGCCGGAACUUGGCGGGGCCGGCAUGGUGUGCGGACCCUGAGCGCCGGCUCCGGACCCGCUGCCUGCUGCACCCUGGGAGAUCAUGAAACGAGGUCGCCUUCCCAGCAGCAGUGAGGAUUCCGAUGACAAUGGCAGCCUGUCGACUACCUGGUCCCAGAAUUCUCGAUCCCAGCAUAGGAGAAGCUCCUGCUCCAAACACGAGGAUCGCAAGCCUUCAGAGGUGUUUAGGACAGACCUGAUCACCGCCAUGAAGCUGCAUGACUCCUACCAGCUCAACCCAGACGAGUACUACGUGCUAGCAGACCCAUGGAGACAGGAGUGGGAGAAAGGAGUCCAGGUGCCUGUGAGCCCGGGGACCAUCCCGCAGCCCGUGGCCAGGGUUGUGUCUGAAGAGACGCCCCUCAUGUUCAUUAGGCCCAAGAAGUACAUCGUCUCCUCGGGUUCUGAGCCCCCGGUGCUGGGCUACGCUGACAUCCGGACGCUGGCCGACAGUGUGUGCCGGUACGACCUCAACGACACGGAUGCUGCCUGGCUGGAGCUGACCAACGAGGAGUUCAAGGAGAUGGGAAUGCCUGAACUAGAUGAGUUCACCAUGGAACGGGUUCUGGAGGAGUUUGAACAGCAAUGCUACGACAAUAUGAACCAUGCCAUAGAGACGGAGGAAGGGCUAGGGAUCGAGUAUGACGAAGAUGUGGUCUGCGAUGUCUGCCAGUCCCCCGAUGGCGAGGAUGGCAACGAAAUGGUGUUCUGUGACAAGUGCAACAUCUGUGUUCACCAGGCCUGCUACGGGAUCCUCAAGGUGCCAGAGGGCAGUUGGCUCUGCCGGACGUGUGCCCUGGGGGUGGAGCCAAGAUGCUUGCUUUGCCCCAAGAAGGGAGGCGCCAUGAAGCCCACCCGAAGUGGAACCAAGUGGGUCCACGUCAGCUGUGCUCUGUGGAUCCCAGAGGUGAGCAUUGGCAGCCCCGAGAAGAUGGAGCCCAUCACCAAGGUGUCUCACAUCCCCAGCAGUCGGUGGGCCCUGGUGUGCAGUCUCUGCAAUGAGAAGUUUGGGGCCUCCAUACAGUGCUCCGUGAAGAACUGCCGCACAGCCUUUCACGUCACCUGCGCCUUUGACCGAGGCCUGGAGAUGAAGACCAUCCUGGCGGAGAACGAUGAAGUCAAGUUCAAGUCCUACUGCCCGAAGCACAGCUCGCAUCAGAAGCCGGAGGAGAGCCUCGGGGAGGGGCCUGUGGAGGAUGGGGCUCCCGCGUGCUCCCCCAGGAGUCCGCUCGAGGCCCUGGCCGGGCCCGGGCAGCAGCGCGAGGAAGCCCACCGCAUGAGUGUCCGCAAGCAGAAGCUGCAGCAGCUGGAGGAUGAGUUCUACACCUUUGUCAACCUGCUGGAUGUGGCCAGGGCCCUGAGGCUGCCGGAGGCAGUGGUGGAUUUCCUGUACCAGUACUGGAAGUUGAAGAGGAAGGUCAAUUUCAACAAGCCUCUGAUCACCCCAAAGAAGGACGAGGAGGACAAUCUGGCCAAGCGGGAGCAGGACGUCUUGUUUAGGAGGCUGCAGCUGUUCACGCACCUGCGGCAGGACCUGGAGCGGGUGCGGAACCUCACGUACAUGGUCACGCGCAGGGAAAAGAUGAAACGGUCCGCAUGCAAAGUCCAGGAGCAGAUACUCAGUCUUUACACGAAGCUCUUGGAGCAAGAAAGAGUUUCAGGUGUGCCUUCUUCCUGCGCAGCAUCCUCCGCACUGGAGAACAUGCUUUUGUUUAACAGUCCUGUGGGUCCUGGCGCUCCCACCAUAGAGGACUUGACAUGGCACUCGGCCUUCUUCAGGAAGCAGAUGGGCGCGUCCUUGGCUCCGUCGCUGAAGAAGCUCCAUAAGCGAGACCCUCUGCGGCCCGGGAGUGUGGGAAAGGCCUCGCUGGGACAGCCAGGCCUGGGCGGGGGGCGGGGGGGGCUGGGGGUCCCAGGCAGCUUUCUGAAUUUCGAAAAGACCUUUGCAGAUGCACGCUUCCUAUCAUCAGCACAACAGAAAAACGGGGUUGUGGCGCCAGACCUAGGGAAACGGAGAGACAAUCGCUUUCAUUGUGACCUCGUUAAAGGCGACUUGAAGGACAAGCCUUUGAAACCGAGUCACAAGCCUCUCAGGUCCACAGAUUCGUCCCAGAGGCACCUGGACAGCCCACGUGCCGCCCCUGUGCCCGGUGCGGGGCCGUGGGCACCUGGCGCCAGGAGGGAGGGUGUGCCCAAGUGCAAUGGCUCCCUGAUCAAAGCGAGCUGUUCCCAGACUGCAGCCCAAGUGCCUACCACACCUGCCAGCCCGGUGAAAAACUGGGGCGGAUUCCGGAUUCCAAAGAAAGGGGAACGGCCGCAGCAGGGAGAGGCCCCCGAGGGGGCUGGCCACCAGCACACAGACUGCCCGUACCUCAGCCUGGGCCGGGCGCCAGCCAAGGACAGGGCAAAGAGCAAGUUAAAAUCCGACCACGAGAAUGACGGGUAUGCCCCGGAUGUAGAACUAAGUGACUCCGAGGGCGAAACAUCGGAAAAGAAAUGUCCGCAGGCCAGCGGCGCCCUGGGCAGGAGGGCGGACUUCAUCCGCAGGAGUAUCUUGGCCUCCUGAUGGCAGAGGUGGGGCCAGUGCCUGGCCUGCCGCGGGCAGGGAGAACAGCUUGGGGUGGGGUGGGGGUGCAGAACCCCCUUAUUCCUGAGCUACAGACACAUUUACUUACAAUUCAGAUUGGAUUUUUUUUCAGAGUCAUUUAUAAAUCACUGUUGUGAGAAGUUUGUGUUAUUAGCAACUUGCUGAGGAGACAGAAGAGUAGACUAGCGUAGGACGGCUGAGGUCAGAAGCUGAGUGUGGAGCGGAGGGUUACAAGGGGUGAGGCUUCGGUAAAUGUCUGCAUAUUGCUUUUCUUGCCCUCUGCGUUCUUCCAAAGCACAAACUCUGGGUUCCCUGAGUGUACCGAAUCCUAUCUAGUUCUGUAGAAUGGACCGACACCCCUGCAGAGACCAGGGCGCCAUGUGCAGCCAUGACGUGUAUUUCCUAGGACCGGUGGAUUCUACAAUCAUUCUGGCCCCAAAGACCACUUCUGUGGCCUGGCCAGCGUACCCGCAGCAGCUCUGGGGAGCCUGUGUGCACACAGCGUCAGAGGAGAAUUGACAGGAAGGUUGUUACGGGAGGCGGAGUGACAGGUCAGAGCUGCCUGCGGCUUGCGGAGUCGGGUCAGAUGCCCAAGGCCCCGCUGCCCGAAGCCCUGUGUGGCGGUGGCUAUCUGUGACCCGGCAGUCCAGGCCCAGGUGUUACCAGUCCUCUUGACCCUCCUUUUCUCCAACUACUGGCUCUUACUGGCUCUUGGGCCGGCUUGGGAUGUCCUUGGCCAUUGGCCAUAUCUGGCCAUUCAAGUUCAAGCGAUGAACUUUCAACUCUGGGGACUCAUUUCCCAGAGCAGAUCACUAGUGCACGUCAGGGAAUCUGGGCCUCCAUCACGAAUGGAUUCCCUGAGGGAAAAAAAAAAAGAGAAGUGAAGUAAGUUAUAUUUUAAAACUGUAGAAAGGCAAUAAGUUGCAAUAAGCUCUUACCAUUGACCUAGUUAUAUAGAAAAGAGGUUGAAAUGCACCCUCGAAUAGGUUUUUAGGGUCAGAGUUCUUAUUUGUAACUUGGACUUUCUAAUUGCAAAUGGCAAUAACUAGUAAGUUAUCAGCAAUAAUAAGUUUAGCAUUAAAUUUGAGAACAAUGUUGUAGUGCAUAUGUAUUCAGAAACUGGAUAGUGUUAAGGUCCUGUUAAUUUUCUUUGGAAUUCAGUGUCGUCGUGAAUCAAACUUAAGGAAAGUUUAAGCAGCAAUGAGAUUUAGAAUUCUGGGCAUUUGGAGCGAGCCCGAUAUCCCCUACAUUGCCCCUUAGUUAGUGAAUGCCAGUACCCCAACUCCUGAUUCAUUUACAUGUCUGUCCUUAUUUGGCAGGGGGAUUCUACUGCUUAGGAAUGAUGCUCUGAGCUCUGUAGUUCACUGUCGAGUCUUCCAGGUGACUAUCAACAACAAGGCUUCUUGAACUCCAUCUUGCUAUGCAAGUUUUAUCAGAUGAUCGGAUAGCAGAUCUGGUGCGUCCCUAUUGUGUGUUUGACAUUUUCAAACCAGGUCUUAACUUUUCCAAGUACACUGUAGCUAAUUCAGGGGAGGGGAAAGAGUGACUGGUUUUUAGACUGACUGCUUUUGAGCCAUGAGGCUCAUUUUGAGAGACCGCUGUCCAAACUAGCUUGUUGCUACAGGCGGCAGGAGGGUCUUAUCCAAGUUGCACGUUUGCUAGUAGCAUAAUUUAAAGAUUAGAUUUUUUUGUUGUUUUGCAUAUGAGCAAAACCCUUCUGGACACAGGAGAAGGUUGGACUCUAUCUGCAGUUGUCUUUUGAUUACAGCUCUGGGUGAGAGGAGGGUUGUGGAGGGUAAUCUGUGAAGCCAUAGAAAGAAAAUCUAAAUUAAUGGAGUGACGGCCUCUCUCCACUCAGAGGUACCAGACUCAUUUGCACUAUUUAGGAAUGCUAGUUUUGUGCAAAAAUAAUGCCUUACCUGUUUUCCCCCACAUUUAGGUUGAAAAGCUUUCAAAUGUUCCAAGUUAUGCUGAACCAAAAAACAAAUGAAAAAAAAAACCCACAAAACAAACAAACACAAAAACAAAGUCCAUAUUUUAUAGUCCUGCUCUGAGAUGCAAAUGGUGGCGCGUGCGGCUUCUCGGCAGUGGAGAGGGCUCUGCCGCGGGGCUCUGGGCGAGGCGGGCGGCCCGCGACAGACAGCCCAGCUACACGCCACGUCCUCUUAGCAUUGGAACCAUUUGCUGUGUUUUUUUUUGUUUUUAAUAUUUCCUUGUGCAUCCUGACCGAGAAAUAUCUUUGAUUAUGAUCAAUGUAUUAUGUCAAAAUGUAGGCUAGUUAAAACUUUUGUAAAGUUGCCUGGAAUGUCAUUUGUUGGGUUAUAAACACAGGACUUAAAUGAAGUUUUUAUGUGUUGUGUACAAAUCUUAAUUAUUUUAAAAUGGACAAACUUGUCAUUACAUUUGUAACCUUGUACAGAGGAUUUUUCACUAUGUGCCUAGCUUGGUGUCCAUUCAACUGAAUUGAAAAGAAAAAAAAGAGGUGCAUGAAGAGUUACAAAUCAGAAUUAAACAAAGUCUAUGUAGAGAUGACUAUUUUAUAUUACAUGGCCCAGUCCUGUAUUUAUUUCUACCCCCUUUUGGAAAGUAUUUAUAAAACUAGUUGAGGACAACUGUAUUUUUUUGUUGAACUAUUUAGUAGAAUUGUGCCUUUUUGUCUGUAUGUGAAUAAAUGCUGUACAUUUUGCAAUACA